AUGUUCAUGUGGACGAGUGGAAUGGCUGAGGCGAGAAGUUGCGGCAACGCGGCGUAUUCUUGGUGUUCGGGAAAUAGGAGCAGCAUCAGGACCGCGGAAUUCGAUCUCCCUGCCGAGGUGAGUCGAGAGGAAAGAUGCCUGGUGCUGUCCAUGAUGACCAAGACGCUCGUCCGAAUGAACUGCAACGACCGCAAUUAUUUCCUCUGCGAAUACAAAUGUAAAAGCAGGGUCUCCUGCGUAAACAGAGAAGCCUGUAUUCGAAAUAUAACCUACUUUGAUGCUGCGGGAAAAUUAGACCGGGAUUCCCUCAAUGGCGUUUGGGCGGAGUGGCAGCAAACGCCAAAACUGCGAAAAAUCUCCGUUACGAAAUACAUAUUCGGCUACCAAAAGACUUCUUGGGCGGAGAGCGUGAAGCUGUGCUGCAGCAUUGGAAUGAAGCCAAUAAGAGUCACAGACAAGCUCCUCGCUGCUCUCAACUCUAAAGAUUCAAUUACAUUUUUUAAAAAUUCCGGUCAGUGA